CCAAUGCCCUCGCCAGAGCCACUUGUCUCUAUCCCCGAGACCAAAUCAGGCCUCCUUAAAAGGAAAAAGCCCAAUGUUGGAAGAAGAUGGCUCAAAUCCUCCUCCUCUCCCCCCAUCAGUUCCAGCUCCGCCUGAGCUCAUGGCGGUCUCUUUCAAAGGUAUUACGAUCGACAUCUCCAAAGAUUCCUGGUUCUCUCUCAAAGCAGCUUUCCCACAUCUGGUAGACGUUCCGUCUUUAUCCCCAAAAGGAGACUCUGCCAUCCAGAUCAGCUCCACAGACUCUAAGGACCAGAACUCUUCCUCUGAUAUUCCCCCUGGUUUCGAACCGGCCAAGAAGAAGUCCAAACGAACCAAGAAAAAAAUCUCAAGCAGCAACCCCUCGCACCGGCCUUUCAGGAAACAUCUAGCCAUGAUCAAGAAGGGUGAAGAAGAUGACAGGACGGCGAGGAGGCUUCGUAGGGCAGCCCUUAAUCUCGGCCUCCAGAACCUAGCGAAGAAGUCUUCCUCAGGGGAUGCAGGGGAGAGCCUCCGCAGCAGCUAACAUCUGUAUCCUGAGUGGCAUUCUAGACAUGCUUUGUUGACUUUGGGUGUUUUAUUUGUUCCCUUUUGGUUAGGGGCUAUCAGUGCCUAGCAUUUUCAGUCUCUUAUCAGUAUUGUAGUGUUUUCUAUGAUCCUUAUGAAACGUUGUCUAUUUUUGGUUUCCUUUUGCCUUCUUUAGAUGAUGGUA